UAGGGUGUUUUAGAUUCGUUUUUCAAAAGCUUUGCGCGCGUAAAUUGAUUCUGAUUAUGGGAAUACUAUGCGGCUUUGUUUCUAGCAAUUGGGCUGAAUCAGUCAUCCAAUUCGAUUUCGAAAUGGCAACCCAAUUUGACAUGUUGUGCGAUGUUCUUCCUGGGCAUAAUUCAUGGAAGUUCAAAGUUCGUGUCCUCCGUAUGUGGGCAAUUUCUUCUUUUAUGAAGCCUAAUGAGUUGAACUCUAUGGAAAUGGUGCUGAUAGAUGAGAAGGGAGGUAAGAUUCAUGCCUUGAUAAGGAAAGAAUUGGUUUACCUAUUCCAGAAUAAAUUAAAGGAAGGGGAAGUUUAUAAGCUAUCAAACUUUGAUGUUGUUCCAGUCGUUGGAUUUUAUCGUACAACUCUGCAUCCUUACAAAUUGAUUUUUCGAUCGAAUACCAAAGUUCAGAAUUUUGCGAGUUCUGAUAUUCCUAUUUUGGGAUUUUCUUUCACCGAUCUUGCUGAAGUGGCUAGCUACUCUGUUAACUAUGAUUACCUAAUAGAUGUCAUUGGUUUAAUCUCUGGUAUAUCAAAUGAGAGGGAGUAUAUUCGUGCUGGCAAAGUCAUCAAGAUGGUUGUGCUUGAACUUACAGACAAUAGUGGUAAAUGUGAAUGCGCGUUGUUUGGUGAUCAUGUUGAUGAGUUGCAAAGAUUAAUUGGUAAUUGUCCUUCCGGUCUCCACGUUGAUUCAACUUGGUUGUUUGGUCAUGUUUAA